UUCCACCACUGAUCCCGAGUAAGCUUAGUUGCAAACACGAUGCUUCCAAGUUAGAUUUAGUUUCAGGUCUGUGUCAGAAGUUGACUUACUUUUUACUAGAGCACCGGAAAUUUGCUAUUAUAUUCAAUAAGAUUAACCUAGGCAAUAGGCGCUUUCAAAUUAUGUAAGUCACUUUUACCCGCCUGUCGAUUUAAACAUACACCUGAAAAGCGCAACAUUUCCCAACAUCCCAUCAUAUGUUGUAUCACAACCGCUGCUUACUCUCGUUUCAAAAUUUCGGCGCGUUUGAUAAAGAGCUAAUUAUUUCAUAAAAAACGGGCAAACUUAACACAGUAAAGUAUCGUCAAGGCAGUUUAAUGGAAUUGUCGGUCCGAAAUUAUUCGGCUCUUUAGGUAUUAUCAGCAUACGUAAUAAAUUACUUUUUAACAGCAAAUUACUUCCGCUAGACGUUCAAGAAAAAAGUAAUUACUAUCGUCAUCUCGAAUUUCGUAAUAAUGUCACCGUCGAACUUUACUCAAACCCCAAAUUAACAUACGUCCUCUGUAAUUUAUCGCUAGGGUGUCUCUAUCAGAGGGUAUAAGGUCAAUUUAAAAAUAUGAUUAUCGUUCGAUCCGCGAUUUCAAAUUCCAUGUAGGAUUAGACGGUUACGCAACGUGUUCCUCUAAUCAUUGGGUGACGUCUUCUCCGUAAACUAGUCCUUGCGUGCGACCCCACCCUUUCCCGCCAAACACCCUUUUGACCUUUGGUUUACGUCAAAAGAGCCCUUCGCGCAGUCGUGUUGCCGGUAACAACCACCGUCGAGACGUUCCUCAUGAGUCUAGACGUAGACAAAAUCGAUACAUUCAGUUCGUCACAUGAUGUAGUCGCGUGUAUGUCCGAUGGGCCGUUGAGCCUAAAAAAUUGCCAAAACGCAACAUAAUCCAGACCCUUUUUAUCAUCCAAGUGAAGAAAACUAUGGAUCAAAAGCCAUGGGCAGUACCAAUCAUGUUCAACUUUCGCGGAAAUCCUCAGAUACACCGAGCCCAUCAAGUGCCUUCGAUACCGGUCCUACAAUAGAUAUGGAAAUAACCCUCGUCAAGUCUCCACAGGAUAAUAACGAUGAUAAUGGAAGACUUCCAGAUGUUGUUGUUGAGGCGAAGAUUUAUGACGAUGAGGAUCAAAUACGCGAGACGUAUUUUUCGAUCGCAAUACAAGUUUUUAUCCCUUUCCUUAUCGCGGGGUUUGGAAUGGUGUUCGCAGGACUAGUCCUAGACAGGAUACAGCAUUGGCCAGUAUUUGAAGAAAUCACUGAACUCGUAAUACUCAUUCCUGCACUUCUGGGCUUAAAAGGCAACUUAGAAAUGACACUCGCAUCCAGGUUAUCCACACAAGCCAAUCUCGGCCAUAUGGAUACAGCCAAACAAAAAAUAAGUAUUAUUGUAGGCAAUUUAAUACUUAUCCAGUGUCAGGCUAUAGUCGUAGGAUUUUUGGGAGCCGUAGUCGCCGUUGUAAUGGGAGCCAUUAAAAGUUAUGACGUCGAAUUAGAUCGUGCUUAUCUUUUAUGUGCCAGUAGUUUAGUAACAGUAUCCAUAGCAAGUUUCGUCUUAGGUCUAAUAACAGCUGGCGUUAUUGUUUUCUCAAGGCAUUGUCAUAUCAACCCCGAUAAUGUUGCAACCCCAAUAGCUGCAAGUUUAGGGGAUAUUACAUCAUUGACGUUACUGUCAUGGGUAUCGACGCUUCUAUACGAUUCUCUUGGUACUCAGGACUGGUUGGCCCCUCUCAUAAUCGCCGGUUACAUUUUGGCCAUUCCGCUGUGGGUAUGGAUCGCUAAACGAAACAUCCACACCAAAGACGUCUUGUACCACGGCUGGACUCCCGUGGUGGUGGCAAUGUUGAUAAGUUCAAUGGGCGGCCUAAUCCUAGACUUUAUGGUGUCCCGGUUCGAAGGUAUCGCCGUUUUCCAGCCGGUGAUCAACGGCGUUGGCGGAAACCUGGUGGCGGUUCAGGCUAGCCGCAUCUCCACAGCACUGCAUAAGCAAGCCGAGUUAGGAAUUCUCACUUCAGAGUCGAACGUUGACGAAGACACGGUCAUCUUCAUAUCACCCGUAACGAGUUUUUGUGGCAAAGGAGCACAUGCGCGGACGACGCGCGUUUUAAUGUCAAUGGUCAUCCCCGGACACGUCAUUUUCAUAUAUACCAUAGAUUACAUGAAGGGUGGAGACACAUCCCUUAGCUCUCUGUUCGUUGUAGUAUAUUUAUGUGCAGCUGUGAUGCAAGUGGCGACUUUGUUGUAUGUGGCGUACAUCAUGAUCCACUGGAUGUGGAAGAAGAAAAUCGACCCCGAUAAUUCGGCUAUUCCGUAUCUGACGUCAAUCGGGGACCUGCUGGGGAUUUCACUGUUGGCCAUUGCUUUUCAGUUCUUGUAUCUUGUUGCCGAUCACGACACACCAGGUGAUCGUUGAUUAGAGUAUUAAAUAGAAGUAGGCGUUGUUUCGGGCAGCCGUUCCUUUAUAUACCUCUUUCAAAACUUCUUUGUUGUGAUAAAACACAAAUGACAAUAGUUAAUUAGUAUUGUCUUCGAAACGACAGGAAGAGAGUAUGUCUUAAAUAUAUUAUUUUACUAUAGAUGAAAUUUGAACUAUUAUAAAUGUAUUUUUUUUUCUUAGAAUAAACAAUGGCAACCA